AUGAAGGUCCAACCCUUGGACGAGGAAUCCACCCCCAGUGGCGCCGCGGCACCCCAAGGGCCCCCGGCAGCGCCAGAGACUCCCCCAGAGCCGCCCAGCCCAAAGUCCCCAAAGUCCUCCAAACCACCAGGGCAGCCCUCCAGGUUGCUGCAGGCGCCCGAAGCGGCCGGGAAGAGUGCCCACUUGGGCUACCUAUUCAGAGCCUUUACGGCCACGCCUGCUGGGGGUGGCUUAGGGAGGAGAUGUAGCAUUGAGGAGUCUUGCAAAGGUGAUGUGGAGAACAUGGGUGGAGCGAGAUUGUGUCUCCCAACGGUGCGUGGUACCGUCCUUUCUUCCCUUCUUUCCAGUACAUUUAUCUUCAUUGGGCUGCUGGCGUUGAGCGCGGCUGAACAUGGACUUCAUGGAUUUCCUAGAACAGCUUGGUUAACACUGGCACUAAGAUACCUUGGUUGGGCCUUUCUGUUCUACAUCCCCAUCCAUUUUAUGUCCGUACCGUUUGUUCGCAACUUCUUGCUCUGGUCACUUCAACCAGGGGAUAGCCUUAGAGACGCCUUGGCCCAUGGUAAGGGGGAGGACUAUCCAGUUUGUCUAGGAAGGCGUGCGGCCUUCUUCCCCUAUUUUGUGCACACAUGUUGGCUGUCAGUGUAUGCUAUAUUGAUCUUUGUGAGCAUUGGUGAGGAGGGGUAUUUCGGCCUCGUGCCCAUUUUUGGCUUGGGAAACAUCUUCAUGGUUCCGGUGGGAACUUGUGCCUCCAUGCUCUUUGCACCACCAUUAGUGAGCAGGAGCUACCCUUUCAAAGUUGGCCCCUCGGCGAUUUUGUUCCCCAUCGUCGGCUUUCUCCUUGUGGUGGGUAGCUACAUCCUAUUGCGGAGACUCAUUGGUCCCUCCUUGGCCUCCGUGAUGCCGCUGGUGCUCAGUGCCUAUGAGCUGCUGGGUACCGCGUUGGUUUGCCGCGUCUUUACCCGUGAAUUCGUGGUGCAGAAAGAGGUACGCGAGGGCUACCUGGGCACCAACCAGGGCCUUGUUGUCUCCAUGGCCAUUUGCAACCUGCAUGCGAUGGCGGAAGGAGCUCGCCUCACGCUGCUUUACGUGGACAACUUGGAGAGUCAGGACUGGGACAUCCUGGUGCCCAUCGUCAGCGGCGUGCUGUGGAACGUCAUGGUGCGCCUCGGGGGUCUGGAUCGCUUCCUGCACGUCGUCACCAACGGCUGGCGGAAGCCGAACAACGGAAGCCGACUGCUGAGGGAGUCCGGCUAUUGUAUGGGCUAUCCCCGCUUCGGUGCCGUGGGCGCCCUGCUGUUGGCACGCCUCUGCAUCAGCACGCCGAUGCGCUUGGACGGACCCGAGCUGCGGCUCUUUGGCAUCGUGCUGCUGGCGGAAAUCUGCGAAGAUCUUUGCAGCUUCGUGUUGCGCUACGUCGGUGUCAACAUGUUCCCCAGAUCCAAGUUGGUGACUGAGCAAGAAGUACAGGAGAUGGCCCAAGUACGUCUCAACAAGAGAAAGGGUUCGAAAGAGCCUGCUGGUAGAAGGACAGACUCGGCUGCGGCCAGCUCGCCGGUGACGUCUGAGAGCAGGAUAUCAAUUGUCCCCAGUGAUGCGGGCAGAAGGAUUGAUUCCAACAAGGACCGGUCUGAUAUGUCACAUGCAGUCUCAGACAGGGCUUUGAUGAAAUCCACCUGCUGGAGUGUACGUGUGGCCUACGACUUCAGGUUUCGCAUCGAAGCUUUUGAUCCAAUGCCCUUGUGGGCUCAUCUUUUGCCCACCGCUAUGGCACAGUUUCACACCAUUUUUGCGAUGGUGGUAUUUUCCGGAGGACUCGACUUCAUUUUGGGCUUAUGUGAGAGGAUGGACUUCUUGGGUUACUCCUCCGCUGUCUUGUGGUGGUUGGGGCAUCAACUGGACGUUGAUCUUGGUUGGCCCUUGGAAAUGGCCCUUUCCGGAAAUGAGGAAAAGGUGGCUGAGGUGCAACAGCUCUUCCAAUCCUUGGAGGAACUUUCCCAGGCCACGCAGGACGACCAGGUGUGUCAUGAGAGCGAAACGCAGGAGCUUCGACAGGAGCGCAAUGCCAUCAAGGAUCGCUUGGAGGACGCCAUCUCCUCCCUUCGUCAGCUCUCCACCCGCGCCGAGCUGCUGCAGCCGAGCGCCGCCGCGGAGACCACGGCGGCGCGGUCCGCGGUGGGGACGGCGCCGGAGUGGCAGCGCCGCGUGUGGCGCGCGGAUGAGGAGCUGAAGGAGCUGAAACGAAUGGAAGCCUUGCGCUUGCAGCAGAUCAAGGACUUGGAGAUGGACCAGGAAAACCUGGUGGAACAGACCACCCUGGCCACCUCGCUGGGGGAAGAGACGGCCGAGACCAAGAUGGUCAGCCUGGAGCGGAGCCAGGCCGAGCUGCAGGCCAGCGUUCAGAGUAAGAAGCUGCGAGUGCAGGAGACCCAACAGCUGGUGCAGCAGCUACAAGCCUACAUCAGGCGUCUUCAUGCCCAGCAGCUUCAGCUGGUGACUCGCGCAGAUGAACGUGUCCUGCGGAACCCGCAGCCACCCUUUUCGGCCACGGCCAAGGCGUAGGCUUCGUCAGGCAUAGCGAUGAGGUCCGGGUGCAGUUGGGG